AUGAUGAGCACCGCACCGCACACGCCCCCACCUCACCCCGCGGGACUCAAUUGCAGCGAGCACAUCGAGGCAAGGCUUCCGGCGCGUCUGCAGGGAAGCAGCGGUGCUCACAAGCCCGCGAUGAGCAACAUGACCCCUCCCGACCCACGCCUUGGCCACGUGGCGGACACCACAUACGGAAGCAGUAACAUCAGCGAUAUCCCCCACGAGGAGCCUAUGUGGCGUUCUUCGGAAGUGGCUGCCUCGAGCACGGCGGAGCGCUACGAAGCUGCGCAGAAGCCCUUCGUAGGCAUGCCUACCAUCGCCCUCCAGCCGCCGCCGCCCUUUUCGAUGCGGCAUUCGACGGCUGCACCAUUCUCCUCGUCCCCUGUCCAACUGAGCUCCCUCGGCGACUGUGCCGGCGACGGCACGAGCAACCACAGCAGCAGCAGCAGCAGCAGCCACUCGGCUAGCCACACCUCAUCCCACUACCUCCUCGCCAUCCAGCGAGACCUCGAGAGCAUUGUGCGCCUCCAGCAACUGCAACUGCAGGAGAGGAGGGUGUCGCUUCCAUCCGAGGCAAGCACUACAGGAAGUGUUCCGAGGGUGUGGAUUGACUCCGAGGUGGUGGCGGCUCCAUCAGCGACAGGCGUGCCCUAUCACAUCACCGCCACCGUCGACAGCGCUGAUUCGGCGAUGCAUCUCCAGUCCAUCGACCAUGCAAAGCAAUCGUGGUUCGAAGGCAACGCCGCGGCGCACGCACCCCCUCACCAGCAGCAGUCACCGCAGCCGUUGCCCCUGUCGUAUCAUCCGCGCUUGACGGUGGCACCCGCCGGUGCUCACGCUGCGAAAGCGUCCGACGCGGCGCCGCAGCUGUCACUCGACCCCUGGCAGUCAAGCUUGCAGGGUGACAACGACAUGCUGCUCUCACCGUCACCGCAUGUCGUCAGCGGGGCCAGCAUCUCCGCUGGUGCAGGUGGCUUCGUUAUGCAUCAGCAGCAACAACCGCAGCCGCCGCCACCACCGCCCUCAUCCUCUCCCAUUCCGGCCUCUCUCGUGGAGUAUCAACGUUAUCUCAUGCAACUGGAGCAUCAGCAGCGCCAGCACCGCGAAGUGCUGCGACGGCACCGCAGGCAGCGGAAGGAGGAGAUGAUGGCGGCCGCACAGCGUGGAGCAACGAUGAUCACUGUGCCGGUGAGUAUGACGACGCCACCGCGACAGCGAACCGGCGUCGGUGCCGCGACCGAGGACAGACGCGACCGAAGCCCGCCACUCGCGAUGAUGAAGCAAACGCUACGGCAGCGCCGAGGCGACGGCCGCGGCAUCCGCAGCGUCGACACGCUGUGCGGCAACGCCUCGUCCUCCGCCAGCAGUAAGACGGCGCCCUCGGUAACGCAACAGCGGGGCCGGCAUUCGCAGAAACAGUGGCACACGACAACGCCGUCGCCAGCCCCAGCAGCAGAAGCCCAGUCCCGCGACCGCAGCGGUGGCCGGCGAGCGAGCUCCAGCCGAGGUCGCGGUUGCGGUGCCGAGGAUGCCGGCCCGUCUGCGGCCAGAGGGGCGGGGAUACCAGCCGUGGCGCUGAGAGACGCGCCAGCGCGCAAUGAGCAUCGUCAGAGUACACCGAAACAAGAACAGCGGCGGAAAUCAAAUAUGCGGAACAGCCCCACCAACAGUCGCUCACGAUAUGUGAGCCCGCAACGACUGGCGACCGCGGUGGUGAAUGGGCGGGAUGUUCAGCACUUGCUGCUGCACACGCCACCAUUGAUAGCGGGCUCUCUUCCCAGGUCUUUCCUACUCGCAUCUGGGCUCACGGACGCAACGCCCCUGCAGGUGUACGCUGAAACGGCGACGCUGACGCCUCCGCAGUCCUCCUCCCCGGUGGAGGCCUUCGCCGACGCGCUGCUGAUGGACGUGAACGGGGCACUCGGGACCGUCGGCGACGGCGCUUCCGCAGUAGGGUCGUUGCCGCCACCGCCACCACCCUUGAUGACCACACACUCUUUCGCCGGGACAGCCAUCACGAGAGAAACAACCCCCUUCACGGCCGUCGGUGGCACAGCAACCGUGCCGGCGCCUAUCGUUUUCGCCAUCGCACCUAGCGGUGCGGUCGUCAUGCCCCCUGGCGACGUCGCAGACGACCAUCGGGAUGAGGCGGAGAUGGCGCCAGCAGCAGAACAGAAGUUCUGGCACCACAGAAGCCGCGAUCAACACCAGGGCACGAGCAGGGAGAGCAAUCUCACCACCAUGACUACCACCACGCCUGCAUCGUCUACCGAGUCGUCGCCCUCACGUGAAAGGGGGGCGCACACCGCGAGAGCGGUAGGAGGCGCCAGGAUGCAUGUUAAGGGCGGCGCCGCGACGCCUGCUGCGAUGCAGCCAUCGGCGGCCAUCGCUGCCAUCCUGCAGCACCCUGACGCCACAGCAACCGCGCACUCCCACCGUCAGCAGCGCUCCCGCAGCGCGGAUCCGAUCCUCGUCCACGGCAACAACGGCUUUAACUGGCGCCUGACGCGGCGUCGCGUCCGUGGUGCUGGAGCCACCACCACCGAGGCCGAGACCCACCACAACUACCCAGAUGUUCAUCGCAAGACUCGCCACCACCUUCACAACGGCCACCACCAUCGCUCUGUGGAGGGCAUCAGCAGCACAACUCCCGAGCACGGCACGGGUACGCCGCGAAGCAGCCGCUACAGGUACAACAGCAGCAGCACGACACGACAGCGGAAACAGUCGCGGCAACUGUCAAAACACACUCCGCACAACGCCGACGGCGCGGAUACCCGCAGUGACGGUCAUGACGGCAGCAUGAAGCACACCGUCGAUGCCGCGAGGCAGCCGCCCGCGAGUCCAGGAGGCGGCGACAAGGCACAUGGACGUGCCAUGCCUGGCUACGGCAACCGUAAUGCGACCACCGCUGCAGCAACACCUUCCUAUAGCUGCCCCGCAGGCGGUGAUGCGGUGAGCCGGCUAGCGCAUUUGCGACCGCUUCCACCGUCGCGGAAAGCGGCCGCCAUCUGGCAUGACGUUAAACUCAUGUGGACCCCAGUGCCAGCAUCGCAGACCCCCUUCGCCGCUGUCUACCGCUACCACCCUCACACGCACCCCCCAACUUCCUUUCACGGGCAACAGCAGCAGUCUCUGGUCCAUCGAGAUGUGUCGCCGUCCGCAUCCGCGGGAAGAACUGCUGAAAUUGCGCGAGGCCACACAACAGGUCGUGCCUCAGCUGCAGCCGUGAGGAGUAGAGGAGCAUCACGAGCUCUGACGGGGGCUGCAGGAGCCUCGCCCUCCGCGCAGCCGCCGCCAUCUAUUGUCCUUCCCCAUACACAGCAGCAGAUGGCAUCUGCCGGUGCACCACUUCUGUGCAUGACAGACAGCCUCAUCGGUGCUGCAUUGCGCGAUGUCCUGCCAGUGUGCCGAGCGCGUCAGCGCGAGGUGGCGCGUGAGGUGGCUCGUAGGCGAUACCAGACUUUGCCGGCAGGCGUCGGUGCUGCCACCGCAUCGGCGACCGUGCUCUAG